AUGAGCCAUACUUCCAAUUUCACUGGUUUUUCCCAAUUAGAACAUCCCCAACCCCAAAGAAAUUCUAGGGCAUCAAGUUCAACCACACAUGAUGCCAACGUUAGGCAUGACAACAACCUCUUGCCCAUUGCCAAUGUCGGGAGGAUCAUGAAGGACGCCCUCCCUCCGCAAGCCAAGAUCUCGAAGCACGCCAAGGAGACCAUCCAAGAGUGCACGACGGAGUUCGUGGGCUUCGUCACCGGCGAGGCCUCCGAGCGGUGCCGCCGGGAGAGGCGGAAGACCAUCAACGGCGACGACAUCUGCCAUGCCAUGAGGAGCCUUGGCCUCGACCACUACGCCGACGCCAUGCGCAGGUACCUGCAGAGGUAUCGUGAGACCGAGGAGCUAGCGGCAGCACUCAACAGUGGCGGUGGUGGCCACGAUGGCAAUGCCAUUCAGAUUGAUGUGAGGGAUGAGUUGUCCAUCUUCAAGGGUAGCAACCAGCAAGGUGGCAGAGAUUAA